GGCGCCUGUAAAUGGAAAUCCAGGGAAGGGAGCUAUGGGCUGUGGCGGCCCGUCGGACCGGCGGGAGGGAUUCUGAAGAGAUCUCCAGCAAGUCUAGGGCUUGGAAUUCCCGCUCCCCGGAGCAUCGGCCGGCCCCGCCGCCGCCUGGGAGCUUCGCACACCGUGGAUGGGGAAAGCGGGCUGCUCUCAGCCCCGCACCCCAGGAGGCGCGCUCGGAGGGAAGCCGCCACCGCGCCGCCUCUGCCUCGGCGCGGAACAAACGGUUAAAGAUUUUGGGCAGCGCCUCGCGGGGGGAGGAGCCAGGGGCCCAAUCCGCAAUUAAAGAUGAACUUUGGGUGAACUAAUUUGUCUGACCAAGCGGAGGAAGUUCCUGCAGAUGAAGCGCAGGAAAUACGGCUUCAUCUACAAGACGCAUCUGUUCGGGCGGCCCACGGUGCGAGUGAUGGGCGCGGACAACGUGCGGCGCAUCUUGCUCGGAGAGCACCGGCUGGUGUCUGUCCACUGGCCGGCGUCGGUGCGCACCAUCCUGGGCUCUGGCUGCCUCUCCAACCUGCACGAUUCCUCGCACAAGCAGCGCAAGAAGGUGAUUAUGCGGGCCUUCAGCCGCGAGGCGCUCCAGGGCUACGUGCCGGUGAUCACCGAAGAAGUGGGCAGUUGCCUGGGACGGUGGCUGAGCUGCGGCGAGCGCGGCCUGCUGGUCUACCCAGAGGUGAAGCGUCUCAUGUUCCGCAUCGCCAUGCGCAUCCUGCUGGGCUGCGAGCCCCGGCUGGCGGGCAGCGGGGACGCCGAGCAGCAGCUGGUGGAGGCCUUUGAGGAGAUGACCCGCAAUCUCUUCUCGCUGCCCAUCGACGUGCCCUUCAGCGGCCUGUACCGGGGCAUGAAGGCGCGGAACCUCAUUCACUCGCGGAUCGAAGAGAACAUUCGCGCCAAGAUCUGCAGACUGCGGGAGGCAGAGGCCGGAGAGGGCUGCAAAGACGCGCUGCAGCUGUUGAUCGAGCACUCGUGGGACAGGGGAGAGCGGCUGGACAUGCAGGCACUAAAGCAAUCUUCAACCGAACUCCUCUUUGGAGGACACGAAACCACGGCCAGUGCAGCAACCUCUCUGAUCACUUACCUGGGGCUCUACCCACGUGUUCUUCAGAAAGUGCGAGAGGAGCUGAAUAGUAAGGGUUUACUUUGCAAGAGCAAUCAAGACAACAAGUUGGACAUGGAAAUUUUGGAACAACUUAAAUACAUUGGGUGUGUUAUUAAGGAGACUCUGCGACUGAAUCCCCCAGUUCCAGGAGGGUUUCGGGUUGCUCUUAAGACUUUUGAAUUAAAUGGAUACCAGAUUCCCAAGGGCUGGAAUGUUAUCUACAGUAUCUGUGAUACUCAUGAUGUGGCAGAUAUCUUCACCAACAAGGAAGAAUUUAAUCCUGACCGAUUUAUGCUCCCUCACCCAGAGGAUGCAUCCAGGUUCAGCUUCAUUCCAUUCGGAGGAGGCCUGAGAAGCUGUGUAGGCAAAGAGUUUGCAAAAAUUCUUCUCAAAAUAUUUACAGUGGAGCUGGCCAGGCAUUGUGACUGGCAGCUACUAAAUGGACCUCCUACAAUGAAAACCAGUCCCACCGUGUACCCUGUGGAUAAUCUCCCUGCAAGAUUCACCCAUUUCCGGGGAGAAAUCUGAUGGGCACGAAUGCUUGAACCUCAGACUUAUUUGAAGCGUACAUAUGAGUUUUUAUAUAGUGUCAUGUUGACUUUAUUAUAUUUAAUUUCUAAAUGUAUAUUAUAAUAUUUAUGUCUCUGCUACAGUACCAUGGUCUUUAAAUAUCAAAAUAAUGAAUUUGUAUAAUUUCCAAAUAAAGUAAUAUUUGAAGGUU